AGGUUCUAGUUCCGAUGUAAAGUCUUAGGAGUAUCUUUUUUUUUAUAAAAUUUUGUUUUACUCGUGAAUGGAUUAUCGUGUCAAGCCCAAGCAAUAGCUUCUAUAUUUUGUCUAGUCUUUUAAAAUACGUUUCAAAAUUUAAUCGGAACAUUUUCUUCCAACUGAAAAAUCAAAAUUGGGCCGACGAUAUCAUGACCAUCACCAACUGGUCCAAGUGGAAUGGUGUUGCCUCCAACAACGAUAUUCAGAAGAUCCGGCCCAAGGUGAUUCAGGGUUUCGAUCGUUUGGAUGGACGCCUGCGGGCUGUGAUUCAGGAGCAGGACUUUGUGAAGGACUCGAUGAAGCGGAAGCAGGCUGGCCAGGCGGACAAACGCAAGAAGGCGAAGAGACCCAAACGGGCCGGCAAGAAGCGAGCACCGCGUGUCUGUAAGUUUCAGGACAUCUAUGCCGAGAACCACCAGGAACUGCGGCGUGAUGUGAUCAGGCGGCAGCAGAAUAGCAAUACGUUUCGCAGUCGUCCGAUUCCCGAUUUCCAGAAGUGCCACAAGCGCCUGGAAAAACGUCGGGCUUAUUUGAAUUCCUUGAAGACGGUGACCAAACCGCAAACUCCUCGAACCCUCAGUGUCUCUCUGGAGGCGCUCAAGAAGCGGGAAAGUAGGCUGAAGACCCAAGUCCAGAAGUCGGACAGCUUCAUACCUCGGAUUAAUCGUAAAUCUUUAAACUAUCUGCGGCGUGCGCCGUUUGUGCCCCGGAUCGUGUCCACUUUCAUCAAGCCGCAGCCCUUUAACCUUCACUCUGAGGUGCGGGCUGAGCACCGUCGGAAGUUCGACGAGUGGUCUCGGAUGCGGAUGAUGCAGAAGUGGCAGCAGAAGGCUUACGACUGGUUCGAUCGGGAGCGUCGAGAGUUCCUCAAGCUGCGCCGCCAGACAAAUUUCAAGGCAAGACCCAGCCCCUGGAAGAGCAUUUAAGUUCUUUUAAGGAUAAGGAAUCAGUUGGAAAGAUAUCCUUAAACUUAAAUUAGUCUAGAUUAGGUUGUUGGAAAAAAAGAAAAACUUUAAAAAAAAUUUUUAAAAUAUUAUUUUAAAAAUAAAAAAAAUGAAUAUGCCAAAAUUCUAUAGUCAUCUCUUACAAAUUUGUAUUAUAUAACAUUAUAAGUACAUAUGUAUGUAUAUAUGUAUAUACUUAUAUAAAGCAUAUAUAUGUAUAUAUGUGUAUAAAUAGUGUAUAAUAAAAUAUUAUGUUGUAUUUGUUUUAA